GUAGAAGCAAACCUUCCCUUUCCUGGUGCACCUAAACCCUGGUGGACUAGAAUCAGAGGCUUGAAAUUAAUCUGUUGACCUUUUUCUACUGAUUUUUCCAGAAAUGGAUCAGCUUAUUUUUAUUAUUCAAUUGUUCUCCCUUUAGCCAUUUUUUAUGGGCAGUGGUUUGUCUUCAGUUGCUCUUAAGUAAUCCGUACAUAAGUGGUUUUGGUUUCUUUUUUAUCCUGAAGUGCUUUUAGCUGCUGCAAAUCCUUUUUGAAGUAGGAAAAGUAUGAAACAUAAGAGAAGGAAAACAUUGAAACCUUUUAACACUGGUGACUUGGCUACAUAGAAGUCCCUCUUCAGAGCUGCCCGGGCUCUUGGGGGACAGUUGGCCCCUCUGUGUCCAUCUUCUCGCAGCAGACCCAGCUCACUCUCUCUCAUUCACGAAACUGCCCCUUUUCUCUCCUCUUCUUAUGUAUUGCUUAGGAUCUUGUAAGUACCAGUUUGAUCAUAAGCAUUUUGAGGGUAAAUAGAGUUGGAUAUUUCUUUGUGCUUUUAUGGUUCCGUGCACGUUCUUUACCCAAAGGACAAGUUCAAAAAGUAUUUGCUGGAAGCUUGAACGGGACCAUUAUCUUGUUUCAUGCAAAACAGGAUGAUUUGCAAUGUGGUUACAGUUAUUUUGGGGCCCUGGAUAUAUAUAGUACUGCUUUCUAGCCACACCCGUUACAGUCAAGAUGAUUCCGACUCAUAGCGACUCUGUAGGACAGAGUAGAACUGCCCCAUAGGGUUUCCAAGGCUGUCAUCUUUACGGAGGCAGACUGCCACAUCUUUAUCCUGCAGAGCGGCUGGUGGGUUUGAAUCGUUGACCUUUUGAAAAGGGAGAUUUCAUUGCCUUGGAUCUUGGUGGGUCUUCCUUUCGAAUUCUACGGGUACAAGUGGAUCACGAGCAGCAUCAGAAUGUUCGCAUGGAGUCUGAGGUGUACGACACCCCUGAGAACAUCAUGCACGGCAGUGGAAGCCAGCUUUUCGAUCACGUCGCUGAGUGCUUGGGAGACUUCAUGGAGAAGAAGAAAAUCAAGGACAAGAAAUUACCUGUGGGAUUCACGUUUUCUUUCCCCUGCCGACAAUCCAAAAUUGAUGAGGCCGUCCUGAUCACCUGGACAAAGAGAUUUAAAGCAAGUGGAGUAGAGGGAGCAGACGUGGUGAAGCUGCUUGACAAAGCCAUCAAGAAACGAGGGGACUACGACGCCAACAUUGUGGCUGUGGUGAAUGACACAGUGGGGACCAUGAUGACCUGUGGCUAUGACGACCAGCAUUGUGAAGUCGGCCUGAUCAUUGGCACUGGCACAAAUGCUUGCUACAUGGAGGAACUGAGGUACAUUGACCUGGUGGAAGGCGACGAGGGGAGGAUGUGCAUCAACACGGAGUGGGGGGCCUUUGGGGAUGACGGGUCCCUAGAAGACAUCCGGACUGAGUUUGAUCGAGAGAUAGACCGGGGCUCCCUCAACCCGGGAAAGCAACUGUUUGAGAAGAUGGUCAGUGGCAUGUACAUAGGGGAGCUGGUUCGACUGAUCCUGGUCAAGAUGGCCAAGGAGGGCCUCUUAUUUGAAGGGCGGAUCACCCCGGAGCUGCUUACCAGAGGAAAGUUCAACACCAGUGAUGUGUCAGCCAUUGAAAUGAAUAAGGAAGGCCUCCACAAUGCCAAAGAAAUCCUGACUCGUCUGGGAGUGGAACCAUCUCACGAUGACUGUAUUUCAGUCCAGCACGUGUGCGCCAUUGUCUCAUUCCGCUCGGCCAACCUGGUGGCUGCAACGCUGGGUGCCAUCUUGUGCCGCCUUCGUGAUAAUAAGGGCACGCCCAGGCUGCGGACAACGGUUGGUGUCGACGGAUCUCUUUACAAGACGCACCCACAGUAUUCCCGACGCUUCCACAAGACUCUGAGGCGCUUGGUGCCUGACUCUGAUGUGCGUUUCCUGCUGUCGGAGAGCGGCAGUGGCAAGGGGGCUGCCAUGGUGACUGCGGUGGCUUACCGCCUGGCCGAGCAGCACCGGCAGAUCCAGGAGACCCUGGCCCACUUCCGCCUCACCAAGGAAAUGCUGAUGGAGGUGAAGAAGCGGAUGCGGGACGAGAUGGAGUUAGGGCUGAAGAAGGCGACGCAUGAGAAGGCCACUGUCAAGAUGCUGCCCUCCUUUGUCCGGAGCACUCCGGAUGGGUCUGAGAAUGGUGACUUCUUGGCCCUCGAUCUUGGAGGAACGAAUUUCCGUGUCCUGCUGGUGAAAAUCCGUAGUGGGAAAAGGAGAACAGUGGAAAUGCACAACAAGAUCUAUACCAUUCCCAUCGAGGUCAUGCAGGGCACUGGGGAAGAGCUGUUUGACCAUAUCGUUUCCUGCAUCUCCGACUUCCUGGACUACAUGGGGAUCAAAGGCCCCAGAAUGCCUCUGGGCUUCACGUUCUCCUUUCCCUGCAAGCAGAAAAGCUUGGAUGCGGGUAUCUUGAUCACCUGGACAAAGGGUUUUAAGGCAACUGACUGUGUGGGGCACGAUGUAGCCACCUUACUAAGGGAUGCAAUAAAAAGGAGAGAGGAAUUUGACCUGGAUGUGGUGGCUGUGGUCAACGACACGGUGGGCACCAUGAUGACCUGUGCUUAUGAGGAGCCCAGCUGUGAGAUUGGACUCAUCGUAGGAACGGGCAGCAAUGCCUGCUACAUGGAAGAGAUGAAGAACGUUGAGACGGUGGAAGGGAAUGAUGGGCAGAUGUGUAUCAACAUGGAAUGGGGUGCCUUUGGAGACAACGGGUGUCUGGAUGAUAUCAGAACAGGCUAUGAUAAAUUGGUGGAUGAAUAUUCUCUAAAUGCUGGGAAACAAAGGUAUGAGAAGAUGAUUAGCGGCAUGUACCUGGGGGAGAUUGUUCGCAACAUCUUGAUUGACUUCACCAAGAAGGGAUUUCUCUUCCGGGGGCAGAUCUCUGAGACCUUGAAGACGCGGGGCAUCUUUGAGACCAAGUUUCUCUCUCAGAUCGAGAGUGACCGAUUAGCACUGCUCCAGGUUCGGGCCAUCCUCCAACAGCUGGGACUGAACAGCACCUGUGAUGACAGUAUCCUCGUGAAGACUGUGUGUGGGGUGGUGUCCAGGAGGGCCGCGCAGCUGUGUGGCGCGGGCAUGGCGGCCGUGGUGGAUAAGAUCCGUGAGAACAGGAGACUGGACCAUCUGAAUGUGACUGUGGGAGUGGACGGGACGCUGUACAAACUUCACCCCCACUUCUCCAGAAUCAUGCACCAAACCGUGAAGGAACUGUCACCACAAUGUAACGUGUCCUUCCUGCUGUCAGAAGAUGGUAGUGGCAAAGGGGCCGCCCUCAUCACGGCCGUGGGCGUGCGGCUCCGAGGAGAAGUGCCCCCAAGCAGCUAAGAGCCCAAGACCCCCAGCCUGCCGCCCUUCCAGCACAUCUCUCUUCGAGCAGCGCCCCCUCGUUCCUCCCAGUGAGCCGUGCCGGGAGGUGCCGGCGCAGGAGCCUGCUACCACCGCAGCUGGGAGGAAAACAAAACCCAACUUAUGGCGUAUAACGUAGGGUACAAGAUAGAGUGUGUGCUGUUGGUAAUGUCUCUCACCUCCGGAUCCUCCCUCACCCGCCCUGCCACUCUGCAUGAUUUGUCCACCACGUGUGAAGCCUAGUGACAUCCACUUCUAAUUUAUGCAUUCAUCCACUGAAGUUAUUUAUUGGCUCCAGAUGAAAAGUCACGUCCUCGGACAGGCCCUAGAGGCCGCCGACGCCCGUCCUUGGGGAUGCAUCCCCCGUGUGAAAUGUAUUAUCACCAGCAGACACUGCCGGGACUCCGCCUCCCAGGGCACCACCUGAAGGGUGUGUGUGGACGUAGCGUUAGCUGAUUCCUCCCAUCCCAGUGCCCGCUGCUGUGUGGCAUCGCGAGUCCCUGUCAGGACAUACCAGUGCUACCAAAUUGUGUGUCUGUGGAACCAGUCAUAGCAACAUUGUGAGCGUCUUGCAUUCUGUGUGUCUUGUGGGGGGAGGUGGCAAUCCUGUGGGAAAGUGUCUUGUCUCCAUUUGGGUAAAAGGAACCGACCGACCAACAAUGCCGUCACUGGAAUCUCCCAUUGCUUUUGUGAGCCAUGUUGUAUGACCUAGUAAACUUUGUACCAACUCAAA